ACCUUGCAACUUUUCUUAUCAAGCAGACCUUGAAAUCGCGAAGAUUGCGUUUGAACACGAGAUCAAGUUCUUUUUUACACUUCUCCGCCUCCGAAUUAAACACACAUAAAGCCAUCGCUUCAGUUAUAAGUCAGUGAAGCUUCGCAAAGUAGGACGCAAUGAUUUAACUUUUGAUAUUGUGUGGCUACGUCGUGAAGUCGUGGCAACCUGUCCAUUUAAGGUAACAUCUUUAAAGGCUGUAAAUUGUAGUUUAACUAUACUGAUUUUCUGAAAUCUACUUUCUCGGAUUGCGAACUAGAACAGGAGCAAGCCCAAAUUCCAACCGAAUGACUCAUUGUAACUAACUGGAUUAGAAAAAUAAGAAUAAUUUUCAGUUUUCCGAACACGAACUUCUGUUUGUAAUUAAACAAUCCAAUACUGCAUUGGAAUAAUUCACUGCAGCGUCAUAAUUUACACAUAGAAAGCACAUUCACACUGGUUCACAUAUCGUGGAUUGAAUGUAUAAAUAGUCAAAACAUCUAAUUAACCUUCCUUCAUUCUCACUUUGGGAAAAUAUUCAGGGGACUUAUUUCUAAUCAACACGGGUCGAAUAUCGAAAUAUUAAUUUGUUUUUUUGAGUUGCAAGGUUUUUUUUAGCAUUUAUUAAAGCUUUGUCAGGUUUACCAAUAGGAGACCCAAACCGAAGACAAAAAGUAAAUAAUGUUCCAGAUUUUAAAAUAAUUGUAGUACAUAGGUUAACAUUGCAUACCAUAAACAUUUGUUUUAACAGCUGAUUUUAACGACGGAGCGUGUUUCUCACAUAGUAGAAACGUUUAACAGUUCUAAAUAUUAGUGUUUGCGCUAGAGGGCGAUCGUGCAUCUGGCAAAAUCACAUGUUUGCAACCAUUGGCUGAAGGGAACCGAAAGGGGGAUUUAAUUAAACCAAAGAAUAGAAUAGCUUUGAAGUCAUUCUGAUGCAUGGCUACAUAUGUAUUUUGCAAAAUAAAUUCAACAAAUGAUAGAGUGAAAUUGAGCAGUUGGUAGAGCGAAUAGUAUGACAGAUGGAAUUUUCUACAUUACCUUUUUGUGGCUGGAUAACUAAAAGCCACUGCACCCCACCCCAUGUGAAAUAAAUGUUGCAAGUCGUGCAUCAAUUUAUUCCCCUAUCCAAAAAUAUUGUCGGUGAUAAUUUGACGGAAAUAAAGAAUCUUCUUAACCACCAAAGCUCUGUAUGCAUGAAACAGCGCUAAUCACAUUGUAUAUCGUUUUGAAUUGAUAGAUUUAUACAAAGUAAAUACUUGUUUCAAAAGUAAGAAACAUACCAACCAAAUUAAAAUACUGAACAAUUUUACUCUUUCACUUUUGAGAAUCACAAUUUUUUUCUAAAGCCUAAAACAAGUAGUAUUGUUGUUUCAUGAGUAAUAAAUGAAGCCUCCUCUUUUCCUCUGGGAUUGUUAGGAACUCCCUCCCACCCACAUUCGCUCUGAUUGGUUACGAGACGAGACUUUCUAUUCUGAUUGGUGGAAGUUGACGUCAAUCAUAGUAGUAGCCGACGGAUUUUCAAGCUGUCGUUGGCGGUUUACACCAAGAAGUAAGAGAAAGAAGUGAGUAGGGCAGUGCUGUGCACCAAAGCGGGUAUUCUACAAACUUCCUGCUUUAUCAUCGCAAUAAAAACAAUAUACAUACAAGUUAUUGCAGAUUUGAUUUGGCUUCACACUGGCACAUGGAACCGUGCCUCCUUUUUCGAGCUCUGAGUUCUUCUCCGAAGUGUGUAGUGCUUCUGUUGUGAUCUGACAGCUAUGGGAGUCUCGUCUAGCAACAUUGCCGUUGGAAGACUUUGUUGAGAAUACAAAAAUUACUUGCAGUUUUGUUUUGUUUCCUUUAAUUUAUGCACAAAAUGGCGGAAGGUCGGAAGGAGAGUGGACUUCGUGGUUCUGAAGUACUUGGGGAGCCUGAGCCAGUUGGAGAUUCCCACAAAGCUUGGGGCACAACGGAGGAAGGCGAUUUAGAAGCUGUUGGAGGAGCGGUGGCAUGCGGAAAGGGUAGCAGGAGGAGAAGCGCCCUUUCAGCAGCCGGGGAUCGUUUCAGUCCCGGGGGAUCAGCGUCCAGUGGAGCAACAGGGGAUGUGGAAGCUUGUCUCAUCGAGGCUGCCAAAGCUACACCCCGCAGGAGUAGCAUCAUUAAGGAUUCUACAAGACAGAAGCAUGAGCAUAAGAAAACUGUAUCAUUCAGUAGCAUACCUUCUGAAAGAAAAAUUAACAGUGCCACUGACUGUAUUAGCUUCAUGCAGGCUGGCUGUGAACUGAAGAAAAUCCGUUCGAAUACUCGCAUCUAUAGUCGCUUUUUUACUUUAGACCUUGACCUUCAGGCUUUGCAUUGGGAACCUUCGAAGAAGGAUCCUGAAAAGGCUAAAAUUGAUGUUUCUUCUCUUAAAGAGGUCCGGGUUGGAAAAAAUACAGAAACUUUCAGAAGCUGUGCAGUUGUGGAUCAGAUUUGUGAAGACUGUUCCUUCUCAUUAAUAUAUGGGGAAAACUAUGAGUCUUUGGAUCUAGUAGCCAGUUCUGCAGACAUAGCCAACAUCUGGGUCACAGGCCUCCGUUAUGUUACUUCACAUAGUAAGCAAGCUCUGGAUUUGAUAGAAGGCAACCAAAAUACACUGAGGAACAAGUGGCUCUAUUCUGUGUUUAAACAAGCUGACGUAGAUGGUAAUGGAAUUAUGUUGGAAGACGAGGCUGUGAAGCUGAUUAUGCAAUUCAAUCAAGGUUUGAAAGAAUCAAAAAUCAGAGUUAAGUUUAGAGAGAUACAGAAGCAGACAGGAAAGCUAACCACCAGGGUAACAAAGGAGGAGUUUACUGAUGUUUACUGUGAUCUUUGCACUAGACCUGAGGUGUAUUUCUUGCUUGUGCAAAUUUCUGGGAAUAAAGAAUAUCUAGAUGCCAAAGACUUGAUGAUUUUUUUAGAAACUGAGCAAGGAAUCAUAAAUGCAACAGAAGAAAUGUGCCUUGAUCUUAUACGGAGGUAUGAACCUUCGCAGCAAGGUCAGAUGAACGGUAAUCUUGGCAUUGAUGGCUUUACUCAGUACCUGAUAUCAACGGAGUGCAAUAUAUUUGAUCCAGAGCACAAUAAAGUCUGUCAGGAUAUGACUCAGCCUCUAUCCCAUUAUUAUAUCAAUGCAUCACACAACACCUAUCUGACAGAAAAUAUCGCUAGAAGCCCUUCUGAUCUGCAUGGAUAUAUUAAGGCCUUAAAGUUGGGCUGCAGGAGUAUUGAGCUUGAUGUUUAUGAUGGUCCAAAUGAACCAAUUGUUAGUAAACGCAACAAUGUCACCUCACCAGUCAGCUUCCAUAAUGUCAUUAAAGUGAUUAAUCAGUAUGCCUUUGUAGCUUCAGAGUACCCUUUGAUUAUUUGUUUGCGAAAUCAUUGCUCAGUAGGACAACAAAAAGUCAUGGCUCAGAAAAUGAAAAUGAUCUUUGGAAACAAAAUGUUUACAGAACCACCAAAUUCAACAGCAAGCUAUCUCCCAUCGCCAGAGAAGCUAAAGAGAAAAAUUAUCUUGAAGGGAAAAAAAUUGCCACAAAACAUGAAUUUAUCAGAAGGUGAUGUAACAGAUGAAGAUGAAGAAGCAGAGGUUUCCCGAAGGUUAACAGAUACAUUUUUUGUUACUAAGCGGACCAUUCAUCUGUGUCAGGAACUCUCUGAUUUGGUCACUCUAUGUCAGCCUGCGCAGUUCAACAAUUUUCAUGAUUCAAUGAAGAAGCAGAAAUACUGGGAAAUAUAUAAUUUUAGUGAACCUGAGGCACGCACAUUGGCAAAUGAAUAUCCAGAAGACUUUGUGAACUACAAUAAGAGAUUUCUGUCACGAGUAUAUUCUGGCCACUUGGGUUUAGAGUCAAGCAAUUUGAAUCCACAAGAAUUCUGGAAUUGUGGCUGCCAAAUUGUAACCAUAAACUAUCAGACUCCUGGUCCAAUGUUGGAUCUUAACAUUGGUUGGUUUCGACAGAAUGGGUGUUGUGGCUAUGUGCUUAGGCCUGCGAUUAUGCGUGAUGAGGUGUCCUAUUUCAAUGCGUAUACUAAGGGAAUAGUUCCAGGAGCCUUACCUCAGGUUUUACAUAUAAAAAUCAUCAGUGGUCAGAUGUUUCCAAAGCCUAAAGGUUCUGGUACAAAAGGGGAUGUCAUAGAUCCAUAUGUGUAUGUGGAAAUUCGUGGGAUUCCUGCAGAUUGUGCUGAAAUGAGGACCAGGACUGUUCAUCUAAAUGGAGAGAAUCCUAUUUUUGAAGAAAGUUUCGAAUUUGAAAUCAACCUGCCUGAGCUUGUAACGGUUCGAUUUGUUGCUUUAGAUGACGACUACAUUGGGGAUGAAUUUAUUGGCCAGUACACUAUCCCAUAUGAGUGUUUGCAGUCUGGUUAUCGACAUAUUCCCUUGCAUUCAUUCACUGGGGAAGAAAUUGAACUUGCUACGCUUUUUGUUCACAUUGCAACAACUGACCGAAGAGGUGGGGGAAAGGCUCACAAGCGUGGAUAUUCAGUCAGAAAAGGGAAGAACACAAUAAAAUACACCAUGUUAAGGAGUACUGGAAUCAAGGUUGUUGACGAUACCUUCAAAAUUGCAGGCCAACCAUUACGUGAAGCUGCAGAUAUCCGAGAAAACGUGCAGAAUGCCAUAGUCUCCUUUAAGGAAAUAUGUGGCUUAGCUCCCACUGCCAAUCUGACUCAGUGUAUACUGACCCUGUCCUCAAGAUUACAGAACAAUGACAGCACUUCUGCAGUAAUGCUCAACAUGAAGGACAAGUACCCAUAUUUGGAACCCUUUGGGACGGUAUCUGAUGUACAAAAGAAGGUUCUAUCAUCAUAUGACCUGGUAAUACAGGAGACACGGUACCUGAUUGAUGUUGCAGAUACGUUACAUGACAAGAUCGUGCAGUGUCGUAAGUCAGGACUUGAAUUUCAUGAGGAAAUACAUAAUUUAGCAAAAAAGGAGGGUUUGAAGGAGAGCAAGUUAAGUAAAGCACUUGAAAGCUUUGCAUGGAAUAUCACCGUAUUGAAGGGGCAGGGUGAUUUACUGAAAAAUGCUAAGAAUGAAGUGCUGGAGAAUAUGAAGCAAAUCCAAACUGCUUGUAUCUCAUGUGGACUGAGCAAGUCAGGAAGUGGAAGUGCAGAGAUGAAAUCCAAACAAAGUCUUCGGGAAAUACAGAAGAAAGAAAACAGAUAGUAGAAUAAAAGCUUACAUAAUUCCAAAACCAGCCCCAGUAGCUU